UUAUUGUUGGUAUGAGACACAGGAAGCUGCAUGUUGUUAUUAUUAAAAGUUAAAAAUAUCCUGAGCUGAAUGUCCCAUAGCCCAAAGAGACUCCUGUCGCAGUCGGACGAGAAGGCCACCAUGGUGCUGAACCCUGUCAUUUCCAAGCUCUCCGGCAAACUGGUCGUGCUGGCCAGUGCCUCUCCCAGGAGACUGGAGAUUCUUCGCAAUGCGGGUUUACGCUUUGAGGUGGUACCAUCCUGGUUUAAAGAAACCCUUGAAAAGGGAAUUUUCAGCGCUCCUUAUGAGUACGCAGUUGAGACGGCCAAACAGAAAGCCCUGGAGGUGGCCAGGAGGAUGCCCUUUAAACAUUUGAAAACUCCAGACAUUGUAAUUGGAGCAGACACUAUUGUGAGUGUGGACGGGAUGAUUUUAGAGAAGCCAGCGGACAAACAUGAUGCUUACAGGAUGCUGUCGAGCUUGAGUGGUAAAGAGCACAGUGUCUUCACUGGUGUUGCAAUUGUCCUCUGUCAUGAGAAAGAAAAUGAAGAAGUGGAUUACCAGCUGAUUGACUUCUUCGAAGAAACAAAGGUGAAGUUUGCUGAUCUCUCAGAAGAUAUGCUGUGGGAGUACAUCAAUAGUGGUGAACCCAUGGACAAAGCUGGCGGUUAUGGUAUCCAGGCUCUCGGGGGCAUGCUGGUGGAGUACGUCCACGGAGACUUCCUCAAUGUCGUAGGGUUCCCCCUCAAUCGCUUCUGCAAACAGCUGGACCUUAUUUACAACCCCUGUACUUCGUCUUCAGACCAGCAAAGUGCCACCUCAAUGCUCACUCAGCCCCCACACAACCUGCCAGAUCAGUCCAGGCCGAGUCCCAGCUCUUCAGCCAAAAACAACCCUUCAACCAGCCUCAGACCAAACAGCCCAACUACCAGUCACACACAUCACACCCACGACAGCCCUCCAUUGAGUCCAGUCCAUAAGGUGAAAAGGAAAGACGGUAUCGGCGAAGUGAAUGAGAGUUCUCGGAUGUUGGUGAACAGUUUGUCUAAAGACAGAGGUGCUGAGAUCAUUGACUCUGAGAACACAACAUUACCGCUGAUCCCCAGCAGAGGGCAGGUGAUCGAUCUCAAUGUGACAGAGCAAGAGGACAGUGAACCUAAAAGAGAGGAUCUGCAGAGAAUCAUUGGACUAAUGGAUGGAUUCAAAGCCUCAAAGGCAUUGUUUACUGCCUCCAAGUUAUGUGUGUUUGACCUGCUUCACCGCAGCCCAGGGCUGGAUGCAGCACAGAUGGCCCAGGAGAUCAAAGCCUCCGUGAAGGGGACUGAAUGCCUGUUGGAGGCUUGUGUGUCUCUGGGACUGUUGAAGAGCAAAGACAGAACAUGCCAAAAGCCUGUGUACGAGAACACAGACCUGUCGGUGCGUUUUUUGCGCUCUGAUGCAGCUUAUUCUCUGCACGGAUACAUCCAGCACUGCAACACCACAGUGUGGCCUCUUUUCUCUCACCUUGAGAGUGCUGUGCAGGAGGGUACUAACCAGCAUGAGAAGGCCUUUGGUAAAAAAACAAACGAUUUGUUCCAGGAUAAUUACUACAACAGUGAAGAAAAGAAACUGAGAUUCAUGCGUGCCAUGCACAGCAUUGCCAAAGUUACCGGAAAAGACGUGGCCACAGCCUUUGACCUCUCCACUUUUAAAACGGCCUGUGAUCUUGGAGGAUGCACUGGCGCCAUGGCCUAUGAGUUUACUAAAGCUCACCCUGGGUUGUCUGUGACAGUGUUUGACUUACCUGCUGUUGUUGAGAUGAGCGAACAUUUCCAUCCGCAGCACAAAGACGACAGGGUUUCAUUUGUAGAAGGAGACUUCUUAAAAGACGAGUUGCCCAAAGCAGACCUAUACAUCCUGGCAAGAAUCCUUCAUGACUGGUCUGAUGAGAAGGUGCACAUGCUUCUGAGUAAAAUCGGGCAAACAUGCACACCAGGCUGUGGACUCCUGCUAAGUGAGAUCUUCCUGGAUGAAGACAGGAGGGGUCCGAGUCGUGGGCUGCUUCAGGCCCUCAGCAUGAGCGUGGGGAAACAAAGGAGCGCAGCAGAAUACAGUCUGCUAUUGAAGAGCCACGGUUUCAUCACAGCACACGUCAGACACACUGACAACUUACUGGAUGCUAUGCUCUGCAUCAGAGUGUGACAUCACUCACUGGGACUAUAGGGAUGGUCUUGUAAUACACUGAAUGUUGUAGCCAAGAAUUGUCGAAAUCAAAGAUGAAGCUCAAGAAAGUUUUUACAAUUUUUUGUUUUAAUGAGUCAUACAAAGAUAAAUGAUCUGUUUAUGUUUGAGUUUCUGCAAACGAAAUAAAUGUUGAUUUGUUCAUAUCUUCCAAGCCAUUUUUUUUUUUUUUUUUGAUUUCCC